UCGAUUAGACAUAUUUUGCCUAAAAACAAUCUUUACAAACAUAUAUGGCAACCUAAUAUCCCCCCGACUUACUCUUUUCUUCUUUGGAGAGUUCUCCAUAAUUAUCUACCUAUUGACUCGAUUUUGAUGAAAAAAGGCCUCAUUAUUGUUUCUAAAUGCCAAUGUUGCUAUCAUAUAGAGAAUCUUAAUCAUGUUUUCAUCAAUGGUCCGAUUGCUACCACAGUUUGGAUUUAUUUUGAUAAUAUUUUUAAUGUGCUUUCUUCUUUUCAGUAUGAUUCGAUUAUUGCUAUAAUUACUGAUUGGAUCCUUCCUAUCAAAGGUCACAUUAGAAAUAUUAUUCCUGUUCUCAUCUGUUGGUAUUUAUGGGAGAGCCGCAAUGCCUCCAAGCAUGACAAUAUUGGUAUGAAUGCUUUGAAUAUUAUUGCUAAAGUUAAGAACAAAAUUCUUCAGCUUCAUAGUGCAAAUUUAAUUAAUGCGAGUUCUUUUCAUAAUUGUCUUAAUGCUGCUUUUGUGUUUGGGCUGAAUUUUUCUCUUCAGCCUAUUACCAAAAACGAGAUAUUGGUUUACUGGAGAUGUCCGGUUAAGGAUUACUUUAAACUUAACACUGAUGGCUCUUACAAUAAUUCUUUUGCUGGAUGUGGUGGUAUUAUCCGGGAUCAUAAGGGUAAAACUGUUAUUGCGUAUGCUGGCCCCUCCUCUGGCAGUAAUGCUCUUCAAGCGGAAUUUGCUAGUUUGCAGUAUGGGAUUCAUCUCUGUUUAUCUUUGGGGUUGAAUAAAAUCUGGGUUGAAGUUGAUGCUUUAUUAUUAAUUCAAUAUAUUAGUGGCAAUUUGAAGAAUAACCCCAACAAUUUUUACAUGAUUAGAGAUAUUAAGCAUUGUUUAUCUCGUAUCAAUUUUUCUAUCUCUCAUAUAAUGCGAGAAGGUAAUGCUGUGGCUGAUGGUUUAGCGAAAAUGGGGUGUGGCUUGGAUGGUUUUGUGCAUUUCAAUGAAAACUCCCUUCCUAGGGACAUUCUGGGGCUUAUUAAACUGGAUCGGAUGGGUUUCCCUUAUAUAAGGUUUCAUUAAUGUAUUCUGGUCCUAUUUUUUCAUGUUAUGUCCCUCUCUAAUCUAUUCUCUGGUUGCUUUCCUCUGCUUCAGGUGGGUUUUUCCUGAAGGUAUUUUCCUGAUGGAUUUUUUGACCUUGACGUUUCAUUUUGUUUUUGAAUUUCUGCUGUUUCCCUACUAUGUUUAUUUUGUGCUUCGUAUUGGUAAUCUGGAUGGAGCAUAUUGGUUCUGGGCCUCAACUUUUUCCUUUUCUGUUUAAGCUAUGUUUAGCUUGUUUUGCGGUAUCUGGUAUUCUGCUGGAUACUACUUGAGUAAGUGUAAUAUUAGGGGGAUCUAUUGCAAGCCUGAGAUCUUUUUUAUAUUCUGGAAUCUUUUUCUUAUCGUUAAGUUCUGUUACUUGCUUCUUUUUUGCUCUAGUAUCCUUGCAGGCCUGUUUUUUCAGGUUUUUGGAGCUCCGCGCUCGUUUUGUGCAGGGUACGUUUGUUGCUGGAAGGGUCGUGCUGAAUGUUAUUCUUUGUUCCCUUCUUUUUUUUUUGUCUCUAGAAUGUUACUAGAUAUUAUUGUAAUUUUUUGUAGUAGGGAUCUCAGGCUCUUAGGUUCCUUUUUAAUUUUUCCUGUAGCUCUUUGGAGCAUUAGUGAGCUAGAGAACCCUUUAAGGACUGUGUAACUU